UUGUGGAAUCAAAACUAGCUGGACCUCACAAUAACCUGGUCCUCAAACCUACCUGGACUUCACUGCUACCUGGUCCUCACACCUGCCUGGACCUCACACCUACCUGUUCUCAGAGCCACCUGUUCUCAGAGCCACCCAUUCAGCUGGACUACCUGACCUGCACCCUCAACAAAAGGGACUCUGUGAUACUCCUACCUUACCUGACAGUUCCGUGACAUGCCGUUGUAAAAACACCGAAAAAACAUGAGCGAAGACGGGAAAUCAUUCUCUGAUAGUCUCCAAUUGGAAGACUCUGAGAGAGGGGGCGUGGUCAUCAAGGGACUCGCCGACACCAGCAUCUCCGCCAGCAGUGGACUGAAAGAGGGCGAUGAGAUCGUUGGAGCAACCGUUCACCUGGACCACCUGAGCAAACAGGACAUCCUGAAGAUCCUGAAGGUGUUGGAGCCGUACGACGACAACAUAACGGUGUUGACCAAAUCUGACCUGAGUGCUGGCAUCGACCCAGGGUCCCUGAGUGGCCCAGGCAAGAUGCUUACUACCAGUUACAAGCAGAAGAAGAUGCCGUCCCUUGAGGCCCAAGGCGAGGCACCAGCUCUUAAUCUUACCGGCCUGAAUACCAAGUUCAACUCUGCCAUUGGUCUGGAUGGGGACAUUAAUGGAGAACUGCCCAAUCUUAACCUAAACAAACCCUCUGCAGAUGGUAGCGGCACCUUCAGGAUUUCAGAUACAGGACUGCCAGGACUUGACUUAAAUGGAGCAGGUUUUGGCAACUCUAUCAGUGCCCCCUCUGCUGAACUGUCCUCACCCAAUGCCACACUAGGACUUAAAAAAACAGGAGUUAAGGGCGGCAAUUUCACAGCCCCCAAAUUUGAGAUGCCAAACUUUAAUCUGCCCAACAUCGGUGGCACGGGAGCAACAGGAGGGAUUAAUCUUGGGAAGAUGAAUGCUGAUUUGGACACUCCUGCUGUAAAUUUUCCAACUGCAGGUGUCAAUCUGUCGGCACCCACAAUAGAUGCUAAAACCGCAGAUCUGAAUUUGAAUGGCCCAGAUGUCAAUUUGAACGGCCCAGAUGUUAACUUGGCUGCCCCAAAUGUGGACAUGGAUGCUUCAACUGGAAAAAUUAAGUGGCCACAUCAGAAAUGGAAGGGUCCUAAGGUUAACCCUGACCUGAGUCUCUCAACACCAAAGCUUGACGGAGACCUGUCAACACCAGAAGUAGGCCUUGACCUUCCAAAAGCUAACCUUGAUGGCCCCAAUUUGGAUGUUGACGCUCCGAAAAUCAACUGGCCUCACUUAAAUUGGAAAAAACCAAAGCUUGAUCUCAAGGGUCCAAAAGCUGACAUGGACGUUAAUGCUGACCUGAAAACCCCAGAUCUCAACCUCUCUCCACCUGGAAUGAGCGGGGGGAUAAGCACACCAAAUUUGGCUUUGGAUGUACCGAAUGCUGAACUCGAAGGGACAGACUUCGACAUCAAUGCUCCAUCAGGGAAGAUCAACUGGCCUCAUAAGAAGUGGAAGAAACCCAAACUCGAUGCAGACCUCAAUACACCAGAUGUCAAUGCACCAGAUAUGUCUUUGAAUCUUCCCAAAGCUGACAUCAAUGGUCCCAAUAUCGAUGUUUCUGCCCCAGAUCUUGAUGUUGCCUCAUCACAAAAGAUCCAUUGGCCUCAUUUGAAGUGGAAGAAACCAAAAGUUGAUGCAGACCUUCACACACCAGACAUUGAUGUAUCCACUCCAAGUCUUGAUGGAGAUCUCACUGGACCUGAUGUUGAUCUGCCUGCUGCAUCUGGAAAGAAUAAGUUCCUAACUCUCAAAAGGCCUAAGAACUGGCUUAUUGGGUCCAAACUAAAUGCUCCGGAUUUGGAUCUUAAUGCAGAUGUGAAUUCUCCUGCCCUUGAUCUCACCACUCCUAAGGUUUCAGGAUCACUUGAUGGACCUAAUAUGGAUUUGUCUGCACCGAAUAUGGAUAUUGACGCUCCUUCUGGAAAGGUUAAGUGGCCCACUCUUAAAAAGCCAAAGUGGCUCAAGUCGUCAAGCUUAGAUCUCCAAACACCUGAUGUGGAUGUGAAAGGCGCAGAUAUUAAUCUUGCUGCACCAGCACUAGAUGAGGGUCUUGAUACGCCUGAUUUCGAUAUCACCAUGCCUAAUGCUGACCUCAAAGGCCCAGCCGUUGAUCUUAAUGCUCCUGGGGUUGACAUUGACAGCCCCUCUUCUAAGCUUAAACUCCCCAAAUUCCAGAUGCCAAAAUUUAAAGCCCCAAAAUUAAAAGGACCAGACAUUGAUGUAAGUGCCGAUUUACCCAAUUUGGAUCUCAAAUCACCGAAUUUGGAACUCAAGUCACCUGACCUGUCAACGCCUGAAAUUAAAGGAGGCAUCAAUGCUCCAAGUCUAGACAUUGACAUGCCAAAAGCUGACAUUAAGGCUGAUGCUUCCUCCCGAGUAUACAAAUUCCCAUCUUUAAAGAUGCCAAGUUGGAGCUCAUCUAAACCAAAUGUAAAAGGACCAGAACUAGAUGGAUAUCUUGACAAAAAUGUUGACCUUUCAAUUCCCGGUCUGGACGCGAAUCUUCCCAAAGCAGACUUGAGUGCACCAAAUUUGAACCUUUCUACCCCAAAGAUUGAUGGAGGUCUAUCCUCCCCAGAUUUUGACCUCAAUUUGCCAAAAGCUGAAAUCAAUGGACCUGAUCUGGAUGCUGAUCUGGACACAUCUGGAAAAUUCAAGUUGCCCAAGAUGAAAUUACCUACAUUUGGUUUUUCCAAGCCUAAAGUGGAGGGGCCAGAUCUAGAUGCUGACAUUGAUGUCAAUUUACCAAAAGCAGAUAUACAGGGAUCUGGAGCAAACCUCAAUCUCUCUGCUCCAGAUGUCAAGGGAAAUCUAUCUACUCCAGACCUUGAUCUGAAUUUGCCAAAAGCUGUCCUAAAAGGACCUGAUGUAGAUGCUGAUCUUGACACAUCUGGGAAAUUCAAGUUGCCCAAGAUGAAAUUACCUACAUUUGGUUUUUCCAAGCCUAAAGUGGAGGGGCCAGAUCUAGAUGCUGACAUUGAUAUCAAUUUACCAAAAGCAGAUAUACAGGGAUCUGGAGCAAACCUCAAUCUCUCUGCUCCAGAUGUCAAGGGAAAUCUAUCUACUCCAGAUCUUGAUCUGAAUUUGCCAAAAGCUGACCUCAAUGGACCGGAUCUAGAUGCUGAUCUUGACACAUCUGGAAAAUUCAAGUUGCCCAAGAUGAAAUUACCUACAUUUGGUUUUUCUAAGCCUAAAGUGGAGGGACCAGAUCUGGAUGCUGACAUUGAUGUCAAUUUACCAAAAGCAGAUAUACAGGGAUCUGGAGCAAACCUCAAUCUCUCUGCUCCAGAUGUCAAGGGAAAUCUAUCUACUCCAGAUCUUGAUCUGAAUUUGCCAAAAGCUGACCUAAAAGGACCUGAUGUAGAUGCUGAUCUUGACACAUCUGGGAAAUUCAAGUUGCCCAAGAUGAAAUUACCUACAUUUGGUUUUUCUAAGCCUAAAGUUGAGGGACCAGAUCUGGAUGCUGACAUUGAUGUAAAUUUACCAAAAGCAGAUAUACAGGGAUCUGGAGCAAACCUCAAUCUCUCUGCUCCAGAUGUCAAGGGAAAUCUAUCUACUCCAGAUCUGGACCUGAAUUUGCCAAAAGCUGACCUCAAUGGACCGGAUCUAGAUGCUGAUCUUGACACAUCUGGAAAAUUCACGUUGCCCAAGAUGAAAUUACCUACAUUUGGUUUUUCUAAGCCUAAAGUGGAGGGACCAGAUCUGGAUGCUGACAUUGAUGUCAAUUUACCAAAAGCAGAUAUACAGGGAUCUGGAGCAAACCUCAAUCUCUCUGCUCCAGAUGUCAAGGGAAAUCUAUCUACUCCAGAUCUUGAUCUGAAUUUGCCAAAAGCUGACCUAAAAGGACCUGAUGUAGAUGCUGAUCUUGACACAUCUGGGAAAUUCAAGUUGCCCAAGAUGAAAUUACCUACAUUUGGUUUUUCCAAGCCUAAAAUGGAGGGACCAGAUCUGGAUGCUGACAUUGAUGUCAAUUUACCAAAAGCAGAUAUACAGGGAUCUGGAGCAAACCUCAAUCUCUCUGCCCCAGAUGUCAAGGGAAAUCUAUCUACUCCAGACCUGGAUGUGAAUUUUCCAAAAGCUGAAAUCAAUGGACCUGAUGUAGAUGCUGAUCUUGACACAUCUGGGAAAUUCAAGUUGCCCAAGAUGAAAUUACCUACAUUUGGUUUUUCUAAGCCUAAAGUGGAGGGGCCAGAGCUGGAUGCUGACAUUGAUGUGCCAAAUGCCAAUGUUUCUGUUCCAAAUCUUGAUGUCGAUUUACCAAAAGCUGAUAUCCAGGCACCUGCUCUUAAGUUAUCAGGAAAUGGCCCAGAUGCAAAUGUUGAUGCAACUACUGGUGAAUACAAAAUGCCUCAUUUUAAUCUCCCCAGUUUAGGCCUAACCAGUCCUAAAGUUGAUGGUCCCACAGCUGAUAUUGGUACACCAGAUCUCAGUAUUACAGGCCCUUCCGCUGACAGUAAACUAGAUUUGUCCAAGUUAAAAAUAGGUACCCAGGCAGCAAGUGGCAACCUCUCAGAACCCAGUAUGGAUGUAAAUGGAGGAGUGGACUUAAAUGCUGCAAGUAUCAACACUGGUAAAGGAACAUUAAAAAUGCCACAUUUCAAGCUACCCAAGUUUGGCUUUUCGGGGCAUGGAUCAAAAGCACCAGAUGUUGAUGUGAACGCAGAUCUGGACAUGUCGGCUGAUGUGAAGCCCAACCUCAACCUGGAAGUUGAGGGAAAUGCUGAUGCUGAAGAUUCCCCCAAAAGUAAGAUAAGGUGGCCAUUUCACUGGGGGCGGAAGGUUGAUUCUGCAUCUGGUAGUGGAACAGAAGAGGGCAGUGACAGUGGAACAGAUGGUGAGGUGGAUGUUCCAGCAUUCACAUUCCACAAGCUACCCAAGAGCAAUAUUACUGACGACCUUUUUUUGGACGAUAGCUUAGGUCCACCAAAGUCUGAAGGAAGUCUUAACAAAAGCAAACAGGAAUUUGUUAUUAGCAAGGGAAUACGCCUGGUGAAACCUAAUACACAGUCAAACACGGGGGAAAAGAUUGAUAUUAUGGAGCGGUUGAAACUAGCAAGGGAGAAACCUGUGACUGUUAAUACGUCACCUACUGAGGCCAAAGUGGGUGCACUCUUUGCUUCAGCAUCAAAUGAUUCCUCACUGGCCAGAGGAGGAACAUUCAAAGUUAACACACCUGAUUUAGGAUUAGGCUUGGACCAUCCAGUAGUUGGAUCGUCAGGAAAUGAUAAAUUGUCAUUAAGUCUUUCCAAUAUGCUUGGCCUGAAUGUUAAAGACUCAGAUACUGAUUAAACAUGCUUCUCAAACCCUGUAUAGGCAGCAUCAACACUAUAUCUAUGUAAAUAAUUAACUGAAACCUAAUACAUGAAGAUUUCUUGCGUUUGCUUAAGAUAUCAUAGGUCUGACACACAAAAGUCCAACCAAAUGGAACACAAUUGCUGUGUAUAAUUCAAAUUCCAGAGAGAGAGAAUCAUGUAAAAAAAAAAAGUUUAACUAUAUUGCAGUUACCUGCUAGUGAAAGCACCAGAAGUUCGAGUUUUUUAUCUCGUCUCUGUAGGAGGACAAAAUAUCAGAAAUUGCAUACACUGAAACUAUUUAAAUCAGCUUUAUCCGAAUAUUGUCUGAGAAUAUCUAUAAUUGCCUCAGUAUUUUAUAUGGAACAAUGCCUUAAUAUGAAAAGCAGGCUACAAUUUUACUUUUUUUUUGACUAUGGAAUUGUAUAAAUCUGUUAAAUUUUUGUUCAAUAAAUACAUUUUAAUGCAUUC